AUGGCUAGUCGUUUCAUUUAAAAUUCAUUUUAAUAGCAUGGUUCUUAAGCCCCUAGUAGGGCUUUAUCAGAACAUUAACCAAGUAAAAGUGAAAAAAAUGUUUAAAAAUUACAUCAUAAAUCGCAUGAAUAGAAUCAUUAUAAUCCUUUAGCAAUUCCAUGUGAUUGGUAAUUUGCAGAGAAACAUGCCAAAGCAAGGAGAGUGGCUUAGGAAUUGGAAGUAGAUGAUUAGACAACAUGUCCUUGUUGUGGAUAUUCUGUAGAAAGAAUGGAUUUAAAGUAUGAUUGCGAUCCCAUAGAGAUGAAAUUUUUAGGAUCAGGAUUUCCUUUGUUUUACAUGUUCAUUAAAUAUUGUAUCUUCAUUUUGGUUGAAUUUUGGCUAUUGAAAGGAAUGUUUUGUUUAGCUACCGAUCUAAUGGGAGAUUAUUGUUAUAAUCUAGGAAAAUUGGAAGGGACUCAUUUCAAACAUCAUUAAAUUACCAAUUAAAAAUUGGAGCAUCAUUUACAUAAGAAGGAUAAUUCAAUUUGUGGAGGAUCCAUGUGGCAUUUUGUUAGUUUAGCGAAUGUUUAUGAUAGACAAGAUAUUAGAGAUUGGUAAUCCAAUUUAUCAUUAGUUGUAGUAUUGGCAAACAUGGUUUCAUUUUUAUUUUUUAGGAAAGCUUAAAGAAGUAUUGACAUCGAGGUUGAUGAAUCCUAAUUGACUCCGUCUGAUUAUACGAUUUGUGUGAAAAACAUCCCGAAAUUGGAUGAAGAUUAUAGAGAAGUAUUGAAGAACAUAUUCUAAAAUUAUGCAGCAGAUGGCAGAGAAUUAAAAGUGAUGAAAAUAGUGUUGGUUUAUAAUUUAGAUGAAAUAAUCGAAUUAGAAGAAUCACUCAAAGAAUUGGUAAGAGAAAAGUAAGAGUACUUAGUAGAAAAUGGCAUGAAUUUCACAGAUUUCAAAGUCAAAUAAUUAGAUGAAAAACUAGAAUCUUUAGAACAUAAGAUUCAUUAAGUUGAACAUGAAUUGUUUGUAAAUAAGGAAAAAUUUGCAGGAAUCGCCUUCAUAAGCUUCUAAACUGAGGAAAUGAAACAAAUGGUAUUGCAACACAAUACACAUACUACUUGGGAAAGAAUGAAAGCAUUCUUUAAUUAAGGCAAAACUGCAGACAUCAAGGAAAAGGGGUUAAUAUUGAAUGAACAUAAAUUAUAUGUUGAAGAAGCUCCAGAACCUAAUGAUGUAGAUUGGGAGUUUAUACACAUCUAAACAGGAUAAAAAGUGAAAGCCCGUAUUAUUGCAUGGUCUAUCUCUAUUAGUUUCAUGACAGGUUGUUUCUUUUUGAUCUGGUUCCUUAGUGAAUUGGCUGAAAGAAUGAAUGAAUAAGUUGAAGAAUAAGAAAAGAAAGGAAUCAAGGACUCUUUAACCUAAACUAUAGCCUUCUUAACUAGUUAGUCUAUUUCGUGGACAGUAGUCUUUUUCAAUAAAUUCGUAAUCGGAAAAGUGUAUCAUUUGAUCGUUGAUUUAGAAAAAAUAUCAAACAAAACUAAAUUCAAUAUUAGUUUUGCAAGGAAACAAUCAGUUGCAUUAUUUAUAAAUACUGCUUUGAUAUCUUUGGUGAUAGAUUUUUAUCUGACCGGAAAUGUAAUAGGAAAGGGGGGAUUUAUUUAUAAUGAAUCUAAUGUAUUCCUUUUAAAUGCAUUCAUUCCACCCAUAGUUUGGUUUGUUGAUCCAUGGAGCAUUUAAAAGGAUUAUCAAAGGUAAAAGCAAUAAAAAAAUGCUAAGAAUUGUGUGCUCACUUAAUAAGAAGCAAAUGAAAUUAUGGAGAUGCCUGAUUACUCCUAAGCUAAAAGAUAUGGUGACAUUAUGAAAACUAUGUGGUUUACAUUCUUUUAUGGAGACAUCAUUCCAGUUGGCAUACUAUUCAGUAUUAUGGGAUUGACAUUAUAUUAUUUUGUAGAUAAAUACAACGUACUGCGCAGAAGAACUAUUAAAGAAUCUCUUUCCAAACAUUUAUCUAUUGAAAUGAUUGAAAUGUUGGAAUUAAUCAUCAUAUUUACUGGCAUUGGUAAUACAGUAGUAUCCAGUAUAAUAUUUGGAGAGGUCAAAUGGUAGGAUUUUAUUAUAAUAAUAAUUGGAGUUGUUUAUAAUCUUCUCCCGAUGGAAGAAAUCUCGAAUGUUCUAUUUCCAUUAGAAUAGAAAGAUGAGGUUCAAACCUAUGAUGAAGCCGAGGAGCACUUCAAUACAGAUUAUGAUAGAGAAAACCCUGUUACAAGACGGGAGGCUUUGUAGGAAUUUGCAAAGAGAAAAUGA